AUGGUGCGAAAUCGAUUACGUACACUUGGAAGGUUUUUAGAAGCAUUAAAAAGCAUAAACACUGAAAUUACGGAUUUUGCCUCAUUAUACCAGCCAAAAUAUUAUGAUGACUGCAUUAAAGCGGUAUAUGUAGUAGCUCGAUUUGAUCCAGAAACUCAAAAGUUUGGUGCUGCUUCUACAGCAUUUCAAUUGGGAACAUUACUAAAAGAAGUUGGCGAAUUGUGGCGAUCACAAUGUAUAAAAAAUCACGAUCCUGUUAAAAAGACUCUCGUUGAAGAUUUUCUUUCGCUUCGUAAAGAAGACUUUGGUCAUUCAGUCAACAAAACGAUAAUGGAAACAAGAGCCCAUAUGACACGGCAAAAAGUGGAAGUAGCUCCAAGUAUGAAUGAUAUAAAAAAACUUUCUUAUUAUGUAAAUACUAAACGACUUGAAGCAUAUAAUCUUUUAAAAGAAAGAUUUUCUUAUAAUAUAUGGCAAACUCUAGGUGAAUGUACUUUAAUCUCUAUGCAAAUAUAUAAUAGAAAACGCGCGGGCGAGAUACAAAGGAUUUUAUUGGAAGAUUUUAAAACUUAUGAAGGUUUAAAUGAGCAAAGUGACCCGGAUCUUUUUAAAUCGCUUUCAGACUCAGCUAAAGAAAUUGCACGCAAAUACGUACGAUUUCAGAUUAGAGGAAAGCUAGGUCGUUCUGUUCCCGUUUUGUUACAAUCUGAUGUUUUAGAUUGUAUAAAAUUAUUUCUACAAUUUCGAAAUCAAGCUGGUGUACAUCCAAAAAAUCCGUAUGUUUUUGGUAUAACAGGUUUUUAUAAGCAAAGAUUUAAAGUCAUAAGAGCAUAUGAGCAGAUGCGGAAAUUUGCAUACGAAUGUGGAGCUGAUCAUCCUGAAAGAUUGCGAGGCACUCUUCUUAGAAAACAUAUCGCAACUAAUUGCCAUAAAUUAAAAAUAACAGAACAAGAAGUAUCCGAAUUAGCUAAUUUUAUGGGACACAAAGAAAAUAUACAUAAACAAUACUACAGAUUACCUCAAAAAGAAGCCGAUAUACUUAAUAUUAGUAAAUAUUUGGAAGCUGCACUUGAUUUAAAUAAUAACAAGUCUGAUAUUGAUAGCUCUGAUACAGAUGAUACAGACAAUAGCAAUAUUGAUGAUGACAAUAAUAAUAAUGGUUAUAAUAAUAGUAACAUCAGUCUAAAUGAUACAAAUACUGACAAUGAUCUGAUUUAUAAUAAUGAUAACAUGCAAGGUAUGAAAUAG